UCUCUCUCUCUCUCUCUCUCUCUCUCUCUUUGUUGUCUUCUUUCCUCGUUGAGUUGUUGAUUGAUCUCUACUUUUAUAUUUUCAUCAUAUGUUUCUCGUUUCAGCAGUCUCUGCAUGUUUUGUCCUCUCUGAUUCGUUCUGGGUUUGGUCUUUGAUCUGAUCUUAAAACUGAAAUACUUUUGUUUUUUCAUUUGCGUUCAAUGAUCUUCACCUGAGUUCUUAGAUCUGAAAAUUUGAUAAAUUUUAUGGAGAAUAUCCUUGAAAAGAUUAAAAAAAUAUGGAAAAAAAAACUGUAGAUGAGAUUUGGGGUUGACCAUUAUCCAGAUCGUUAUCCAUCAUGUGAAAUUUCCAUUUCUUUACAUGGUUUUGGGUUCCUAGACGUGCGUGGAGGUACAUGUACAUGCCCGCUUUCCCUUUUCCAGACAUUCCUUGGUUCUUGGAACAGACCCUUCAAAUUAAUAUUUGACUGGUGCUUAAUUUUUGCUAUUGAUGAUGACCUUGUGGUUAAUGUAUGCGUUGGCUGUUUUGCAGUUUAUGUCCUGUCUGAGACAUGGUGUUCAAGAGAAGAUUAGAUUGCGUGGCCGAUGGUUUUGAUUUCCCAAACAUUCCAAAGGCUCCACGUUCGUGCCGGAGGAAGAUCUCAAGAAAGAACACUGAUGAUGAUGAUGAUCGGAUUUGUGCGAUCGAUUUGCUUGCUUUGGCUGGAAAAUUACUGCAAGAAUGCGAAAGUUCAUCAGCGUCUACUAAUGCGUUCGAAGGGGGCACUCACAAUGACCCGGGCAAAGAGAUUAAACGAGAACAAGUGGAUGAAUAUAAGCCUUUGAAAUCCGAGCUUCCUGACUGGGGAAACUCCAACUCGAAGUCUACAGACAAAACCACUAGCGAGAAGUGUCUGCCAAACAAGUUUUCGUUUUGCGAGGACGAUGGCAUUUUGGAGCGAACUUCAGUGUCCCAUUAUGAUAGUGUUCAUGAUUUGAAGCCCCUAGGGUGUGAAAACAAGAACAAGGAUUGCGACUUCUCUAGCAAAUUCGGAGGCGUAAUUGGAGAGACAGGUGGUGUUUUCCUGAAAACUGGGUUUGAAGAACAAGGAGAAGCAAUCAAUGGAUUGGGAUAUGGAUGUUUAACAAUAGCUGGUACUUGCCACUCGAAGGAUACACCCGAAUUACGAGUGCCAUCUGGAAAGGAACCAGCCCGUAAUGGUUCUUUUGCAAGACAUGGGAAUCAUACUAUGUUAGAUAGCACCCAUCGCCCAUUCCAACCGCGAUUUCUUCUCCGCCGCCGCGCUGUCCACCCACGUAUUGGGGGUCGAAGAAUAAGGAAGUUAACUUCAUCCAAGCACUGGACAGCUGUUCCCAAGUUGAAGGACUUUGCACACACAAGAGCUGAUGGUCUAAAGGCUUUGAACCGCAAAAGAAAAUCGUGUUAUGGCUACAAUGCAUGGCAGCGCGAUAAGAAAAGACGAUCAUCUCACAGAGGCUCAGUCGUGACUUCCGAUGGAGGACUCAGUAGUGAAAGCGUUUCCAAUUCGCCCGAGAAAGGAGAUUCAGUAAAAUUCAGUAUCAAGUCCUUUAGGAUUCCGGAGCUUUUUAUCGAAGUCCCGGAAACUGCAACUGUUGGCUCACUAAAGAGGAUGGUGUUGGAGGCUGUGACUGCUUUACUCGGUGAUGGAAUACGCAUCGGGGUACUUGUUCAAGGGAAGAAGGUUAGAGAUGACAGCAAAACUCUAUCACAGACUGGCAUCUCGUGCGAAGAAAACACCGGGAACCUCGGGUUCUCCUUGGAGCCUGGUCAAGUUAAAGUGUCCACGCCUUUUUGCUCAGAAGAUCCUCUUAUUUCUAUGCCGUCUGAUUCAAUGAAUUUGUCGGAAAGGUCUGCGGCUUCUCCCAUGUCAGAUUCUGCAAUUCCUUGUUCCCUCGGAGUUGCAGAUGACAUGAUGAAUUUGGGAAAUGGUGCGGAGAAUAACCUCGCGAUAGUUCUGUAUCAGGCUGAUCCAUCAGCUGAUAAAUCCGAGUCAGAUUCAAGAGCGCUGGUUCCGGUUCCAGUUCCAGUUCCAGCUUUGGACAUUGAGGCACUAGCGGUUGUCCCAGCAAACCCGAAACCUAAGCAUGCCGAUUUCACACAACGAAGAACCAGGAGACCGUUCUCUGUGUCAGAGGUCGAAGCUCUUGUACAAGCAGUUGAAGAACUCGGGAGCGGAAGAUGGCGUGACGUUAAACUGCGCGCUUUCGAGAACGCGGAUCAUAGAACAUACGUAGAUUUGAAGGACAAAUGGAAGACGCUGGUCCAUACAGCGGGCAUAUCUCCGCAGCAACGGAGAGGAGAGCCGGUUCCUCAAGAACUUCUCGACCGGGUCUUGGCCGCACAUGCUUACUGGUCGGAACAUCACGUGAAACAGCAGGGGAAGCAUCAUCAUCAAACUGGAGUUCGUAAAACCUCGGAGAAUCCGGCAUCAGACAGGAGCCGAGCCCAGACCGGUUCCAUGUAAAGAAGAAGAAGAAGAAGAAAGGUAAUGGUAUAUAACUUCACUUGACAAAAGGAUCACAAACUGUACAAAGGAAACAACAGAAGUUAACAAAACCUCACUCAGUUUCAGAAAGACAAAAUCCGACUUUGUGUCUUUAGCUCUUCUUAGUUCUUUGUCUCUUACACACUUUUGAUUAUUUGUCAAUCGCCGGCUUCUUGCUUUUGGCGAUUUGUAAAUGACGUCGAUGGAAAUAAGAUGGGGUCCCUAGCGGGACUUCUGGUUUUUUUUUUUUUUUUUUAAAUGUGAUCGUAUUUUCAUUUCUGUGAUUUGGUAGGUCCCUUGGAAAGUGGCCAAGUACUAGGGUUCUUGUAAGUUUAUAUAUUCUUUUAUUGUUGUUUGUCAGAAACUUAAUCUUAAAUGACAUUUUUCAUAUAAUUUA